AUGGAUUAUCAUCGUCAACCCGUCUCACCUUAUCAAAGUAGGAGAAGAAUUCCAAUCUCAAGCUUUGCUGCUUCGACUCCCAAUCUAUCUCAUUUUCCAUCUAUCAAUUCAAUUCAAACUACUCAAUCUAAACCUUCACUCUUAGCUUUAUCUAAAUUAAAUCCUUUGAUUCCUAUUGGUAAUCAUCCUCCUACUACAACUAAAUCUACUUUGGUCGAUGUGGUGGUCGAAGGUAUGGGCGGUGGUACCGAUCCUGGUGAAGGAUGGCAGGUUCCUCCUGGUGAUCGUCUCGAUCCAUUCGUACCCACUCAACAACCAGGUUCAUCAAGCACACCAUUUCCUCACACCAAAUCUCUUACAGCUGCUCUUAAUCAUGCAACCUCGCGUCCCGAGACUGACCACAAGGCUAUCCUAGCCCUCUUUACCGAAUUAGUGAUCACCGAACGAACAUAUCUCAGACGAAUCACUGCUCUCAAUCAGUCAUAUGGAGUUCCUCUACGUCAAUUUUCAAGUGCAAAGCACACCAAGAUCAUCGAAAAAUAUGAAGCAACAACCAUGUUUGGAAAAAUCGAAUCCUUAGUGAAAGCCAGUACCAACUUACUCGCUGUACUGGAACGAUCUCUUGAAAUCCUACAAAAAGCUGAUCCUGCAACUGCUCAGCACAGCUGGUCAGAAGAGAUAGCGUCCGAAUUACUUCAUAUUCAACGUCCUUAUCGUGACUAUCUAGGUAGUUAUGAUACAAUCAAAGAAACCGAACAGAAGCUCAAAAGAACUGAUGGAUUCCGUCAAUUCUGUGAGAGGACAAAGGAAGCCAUGUACGAUGAAGGAAUGGGUCGAGUAGGCCUUCGAGAACUUUUGAUGGAACCAGUUCAAAGAGUCACGAGAUACAUCUUGAUAUUCGAGCAGAUAUUGAAGAAAAUGUCAUCAGGUGAUCCAUCCCGAUCAGGUCUUUUGGAUUCCAUCACAACUUGUAAUCGCCUUGCGAUCUGUGAGCUGGAUGAUCACCUUAUCAAGGCAGCCACGAUGUGGGGUCUCUCUCGCGCAAUCGAUCAUUUCCCUGCAAUCCUUGUCAAACCUGGUCGACACUUUAUUGAUUCCAUCGACGUUCUCGAUGUCUUUGCCGAUGCUACGACUUCUACCGUCCUACAUUGCACUCUCUUCCUAUUCAAUGAUACCAUCGUGAUUGCGAAGAAACCACAUAACAGUCUCAGUGGUCGGAUUCUAGCCGGCUUAGAUGACUUGGAUCGGUUAACAGUAGCCAUGAAGAAAUCAAAGGCGCCUUCAUCUUUGAAUUCAGUGGUAAGCGGUGGUACUGAUUUCCUUGCCAAAUCAUUGGGUGGCUCUAAUCAUCAUGGUACCCCCAGCAAGCUCAGAAAGGGUAGCAUGCGGUUCAAGGGUUUGAUCGAUGUGCAUGAUGUGAUCGCAUCAAAUGGGAUCGGUGGUGGUGGACCAGGUGGGGAGGUUGGGUUUGAUCUUUUCCUCACGCGCCCGCCGCAAGAUGUCUCAGAUCGAUGGUCCGAUCGUCCUUUGCGACACUAUCUCGUCUGCGCGCCCUCCUCACCUGCUCAUGAAAAGAGUCAUUCACUCUCUUUUCACCCACCUUCAUCCCAUGUACUUGGUGCAUCUCAUCAUCAUAGUCAUAGUCUAUCAUCCAGGACUCAUCACACCUCUCAGCUCGCAUGUCUCGCCGAACGAGACCGAUUUUUGGGCAACUUACGCAAAGCCCAAGCAUUGGUAAAGGCAGUCGAAGAUAGAUCAACAGUCAUGCGUACUAAAUUCUUAUCUGAACCUGAAGGACAUGGGACAAUUGAAAAUUAUUGGAAUCUUUAUGACAAGCGGACAUACAUGUCAGAGCAACGAAAACAUCGAGUUGUGCUUCAAUUGGUCGGAACUGAUUCAGUUGAUCCACUUCCAUUUAAUCCCGAGCCUGAUCUGGCUCUUCCACCUAUGGUCAUCAUUCGAGCGAGCUUCAAUGACCCGGAUGAUCCAGAUUGUGUUCUCUUUCCCUUCUGCCCUAUAGCUGUGAAACUUAUCUUGUCUUAUCUCUUGGUAGUCGAACUUUACAAAAUGGCCGAUAUUCCCAGUCGUCCCUAUUCAUCCUCUACAAAUCGUCCAGCUUCGGUUUCAUCACCUUCUCGAGGUUUCCGAUCCCGAGCAGCCAGUAGUAGCACGGCAACAAGUGUCAAUAGCAAUACCGGAGCGCAACGCUUGUUCGGAAAUCCGAAUGCCCCGCUCACUCGCACAAGAUCAGUGACCACCCGACCUACAUCAUCCAAAGUACCUGCUGUACCUACAAUACCUGAUUUUCCUAACGCAGCCGUCAAGUCACCGGGGGGACCGGUUUGGUUUCUACAUAACAAAGGAGAAAUGGACGUGAUGCCAGAGGAUGAUCAAGAAUAUACGAUUGUAGGAGAGAAAAUGAAAAAGAGUGACUCAAAUCCAUCAUUGUAUGAAGAACAAGGAGAAGGAAGCGACUUCCAGGGAGAUCCUCCCAGCCCCUCUCGAAGUACGAUCAAAGGAAAACAGAGAAGUCUUGCGUUGAGAGACGAAACAGAAAGAAGGUGUGGAGUAGUGGAAGAAGAUGAAGAAGGAGAAGAGGAAGAGGAAGAGGAAGAAGGAAACGGAUCAGAUGAUGGAUCGAGUGUUAGUGGACUAAGUUCUUCUUGUGGAGGAAGAGAAGAUGACGAAGAUGAAGAUGAAGAGAUUGAGACCCCUAGGAAGUUACGUGGUCCUAGACAAAUAGUCUCACGGGUACAAUCAAGAAAUGUAUCGGCAUCGAGUAUUGGGAAGAGAACUAGAUCAAUGGAUGAUAUUUCUUCUUUGAAUGUUUAUCAAGGUGAAGAUGUUGGAGAAGAAGAAGUGACACAAACAAUUAAAAGAGUAGCAGGUAUGGAGAGGAAGAGAGAAGAAGAACUACCGGGCAUUUCACCCAUCUUAUCGAUCCGGAAUCACUUAAAGAAGGUUGAACAGAGAAGUCCUAGUGCUGAGCGUAGGAGAGAAGAAAGGAAAGUACUUGUGAGAAGGAGGAGGAAUAAAGAGAAUGAGAAGAUGGAUAUUGAAGAUUUGAAAGAAGUCAUAUUGGAAGAUGUAGAUGGGACCGAAGAUCUGUUCAGGAACAUGCAUGGUAAAAUCAAAGAAAUGAAAGGUUAUCUGUCACGAUUGAAGAGUCUUAAUAUGAAUAUCAAUGAGAGUAAUACGAGUACAAUACCACGCUCACCACGAAAAGCACAAUUGAUGGCAUUAGUAUCACAACCGAUGGCUACUAAAGAAGAUUGUAUGAGUGGAAUUAAAAAAGGUUUAGAUGGAAUGGAAGAUUCGUUAAAGAUUGGAACCAAUCAGAUAGAAGAAAUGAGAGGAUUAAUACAGGAAUAUCAAGAAAUCUUUCAAUCAUCACAAAUCGAAUUGACCAAAACUAAAAAUGAAUUGAUUCAAUCUGAAACUUCAUCUAAGUUAAUUCAAUCAUUACAUAAUUCUUUGGAAGUUGAAAAUUGUCAUUUAUAUGAAGCCUUUAAUGAAGAAUUAGAUAAAAUGUAUAAUGAUAUUCAAUUACCUGUUGGUCAAGCUUUUGAAGCGAUUGUAGAAGAUUUGAAAAAAAUGGCAGAAGAAAAAGGUAGAUUAGUCACUCAAUUAGGGUCUACUAAACGGAAAUUAGAAAUGGAAUCUGCAAGAGCUAAUUGUUAUGAAGAAAUGUUAAAAUCAGCUGGAUUAUUAAAUUCGACAAAUGGAAAUGGAAGCUAA